AUGUUGAGCCUACCGAGCGGCAAUGUAUUAGGCAUAGGUGCAGAGAUUCUGGCGAUAUACCACACCAAGUUGGGAGCGAUCCCGCUCGCAACCACUGAGUGCAGAGUGAUAGGAUCAAUGGCUGAAGAAGGACCGCUCGAGCGUUGGGGGACGCGAGUUAAUAUAGGGGUUCUGUCGAGUCACAUUGGUUGUGUGGUGAGGAUUGGAAGGCUGUGCCAUUUCGAGAUGGACAAGAGGGAUGUUCAAGUCCUGGACAAAAUAACUGAAGAGAAAGAGGAUAGCGUCAUUCUUAUACAAGACAUCAUACGAAGACAUCAGAAGCCUCACUAUCAACAGCCUCGAAGCCCUGGGAUACGAGCACACACCUCCGAGACGCACCUGCAGGCAACGGGUGUCACCUCAUACCCCGUGGGGCACUCCGCUUCCAAAAGGUCAUGUCGUCAUAAAUCCCUCGCUCUGUGUGAUCAUGUGCAAUGUAAACAAAAUGAAAAUUUGAAAUAUAGUACGACUUAUCACCCGAACUCUUAUCUUCUCAAAAAGACUCUGGAUGCUGUUCGAUGCAAUGAAAAUUAUGAGAAUUUUAAGAGUUCCUUGAGGAACAAGAGCCAUAUACUAGAAGACACCAAGAAGAAAUCCAUCCAGCGGUUCGUGCCACACGAAACGACAAAGUAUUUACAGUGCAAGCAACAAGUAAAUCAAUCCAAGUAA